AUGAAUGAUCUUACAGUCCAUUUUAAAUACCUAGCUUUAUCCACAUUCGUAGCAUACCGCGCGUUGUGUAACUUAGAAACCCCUGUUGCAUGCAUAAUUGUUAACAAGAAAACUGGAAAGAUCUUAAGUUACGGUUGUAAUGAUACAAACGCCUCCCUCAAUGGUACGCGCCAUGCGGAAUUUGUCGCAAUCGAUAAAAUACUAUCCGACUACGAUCUUUUGGGAGCUUCGCCUGAAGCUUUGUUCGACUUCUGGGAAAAUUUGGUCUUAUACGUGACCGUAGAACCGUGUGUCAUGUGCGCCCUGGCUCUUCAACAAAUCGGAAUCAGGGAAGUAUACUUCGGGGCCGCCAACGAUAGAUUUGGAGGCAAUGGAUCUAUCAUUAAAGUCCAGCUGACACAGUCAGCGUCGACAUAUCUAAGUUACGGUGGUAUCAUGAGAGUCGAGGCAGUACAUUUGCUUCGAUGUUUUUACAUCCAGGAAAACGAUACCGCCCCCACACCGAAGAUCAAGAAGAAUAAAGACAUCGAUGGCAAACCGUUUCCGCCCAAUAUCACUUUCAGUCGCAUCUUGAGUUAUAGUGAAUUCGAGUCGUUUUAUGAGAAACAUCGUACUGAUAUUUUCUUCCCAGGUCCUAAAGAAGACAUUGAGAUUACGCCAUUAGUUGGGAAAGGAUACUGUUUCAAGGACCUUGUCGACGUUGACACAAUUAGACAAAUUCCUGACAUCAAUGGUCUAUAUCCGAGAGGAUCACCAGAAAUUGAUCAUGAUAUAAAGGAAUUAAAUAAAAUACUUCCUUUUGUCAAAAAUGAUGGCAAAGUCGGAUGGUCUUUUGAAAGCGAACAUAGCCCUCAGUCAUAG